GAAACAGAGAAAAUCAUCGCUGAGCUGAACGAGACAUGGGAGGAGAAACUGAGAAAAACAGAAUCUAUUCGUCUGGAGAGGUUCGUUUUAUUUGACUCUGAGCUUUUUACAUGUCUUCAGUUAAUUUAGUCAAUGUGUUUUGUUGUCACUUGUAAAAGUGCUAACGCUACCGUGAGCAUCAGUGUUCGUACUGGUGCCGUGGGCUCUUUUUCUCCUGCGCUUAUCAAACAAAACCUCAGGGCAGGUGUAGGAGUAGAAAAAGUCUCAUCUCAGCUGCUGCAUCUUCGUCUGUAUUAGCAGGAAGUCUUGGAGCGUCUGCACUGACAUGGAGUCAAAAACUCUUGUCUGUAACCCGGCAACAGCAACCACGCAAGGUUUAAAACUCUAGAAACCCACCGAAGCGCGGUUUAUGUCAGUCGAGUGAUGCGACUUUUGGUAUUUCACACGGUUCAUAAAGGCAACAACAGGCUUAACGACCCUUUAUUCACCAUGGCACACGAGGCUCAUGGGAACUGUAG